AUAAUCCAAUACGGCAUUGAAACAUGAGAAGGGAGAUUGAAUCUAACGGUGUGGAAUGGGUUGCAGCCAUGCACGAAUGUGAGAGUGAAGGGGACAGUGAGAAAGAUGAGAGAAAGAAGGGGAUGAAAGGAAACCAAAUCCAAGCUAACAAAACUGGCGGCCACCAGGUCAACCACCCUUUUGUCCUUCUCGAUGGUCUUAUUAAAAACACAAACACCGUUCACACCAUCCAACUAUUUCUUUUUCUCUUUUUUUAAUAUGUGUGACAGCUGGGUCUAACAAAAGAAUGGCAUGGUUAAUUAGACAUGUAAUAAAUUAAUAAUCAUGUGAAACAAGUCGUGCAUUUGCGGAUUAGCUUUUCUUCUCUUUCAAAUUAAACCUCUCCUUCUCUGCUGCUUGUGUAUGUGUUUCUAUUAUGGGGAACUGUUUUAGUGCCAGGAUCAAAGCUGAGAGCCCUCCACGCAAUGAAGAGAAGGAUUUGAGUGGUAUAAGCAGCAAGGUAUCUUCUCGUUCCAUGCUUAUGUCUCCUCUGACAGAGGGCGAGAUUCUGCUAUCCACCAAUUUAAAGAACUUCAGCUUCAUUCAACUAAGAACCGCCACAAGGAACUUUCGUCCGGAUAGUGUGGUUGGUGAAGGUGGCUUUGGCUCUGUAUUUAAGGGCUGGAUCGACGAGCACACUCUUGAACCCACAAAACCCGGCACCGGACUCGUCAUUGCCGUGAAGAGGCUAAAUCAAGAGAGCACACAGGGACAUACUGAAUGGCUGACAGAAAUCAACUACUUGGGUCAGCUGGAUCAUCCUAAUCUUGUGAAACUCAUAGGUUACAGCUUAGAAGAUGAUCACCGGAUUUUGGUGUAUGAGUUUUUGACUAAAGGCAGUUUAGAUAACCAUUUGUUUAGGAGAGCUUCUUAUGUUCGGCCGCUUUCUUGGAACAUACGCAUGAAUAUAGCUCUUGAUGCAGCUAAGGGCCUUGCAUUUCUUCACAGCGACCAAGUAGAUGUAAUAUACCGAGACUUGAAGACUUCUAACAUCUUGCUUGAUUCGAGCUAUCAUGCAAAACUGUCUGAUUUUGGAUUGGCAAAGGAUGGACCAGUAGGUGACAAGAGCCAUGUCUCUACCAGGAUAAUGGGAACAUUUGGCUAUGCUGCUCCUGAAUACAUAGCCACAGGUCAUUUAACGAAGAAGAGUGAUGUAUACAGUUUUGGCGUUGUACUGCUGGAAAUCAUAGCAGGGAAACGCGCAUUAGAUAAGAACAGACCAACAGGGGAGCAUAAUUUGGUUGAUUGGGCUAAGCCAUUACUCGUCAGCAAAAGAAAAAUCUCACAAGUCAUGGAUUCCCGUUUAGACAGUCAAUAUCCAUUGCGCGAAGCCAUGAAAGUAGCAGUUCUUGCAAUCAAAUAUUCUGAAGACACAACAACAAGUGGAGUGGAAAAAUCUCCAGAUCAAACAGUUAAAACGAAUGGUAAUAGUGCAAGAUCUAGCAGAAUCAGUUCAAAACAACAUAGAAGAAGUAACAAUGAAUCUUUAAAUGGAGAAGGUAGUUCUAAUAAUCAGACACCAUCAGCUUCUCCUCUUCACACUUAGAAGAGAAACAUCGGUUUUCAUUGUUGCUGUACAGAUUUUGUUUCCUUGUUAUCAGUUAUAGAGAAAAAUGAAUUAUUUCUUACAUUCCAA